GGGAGACUGGCGUGCUAGCUUGGGAGAGACACAGCAUAGUUAGCUUGCUCGCGCUAAAUCUGCGUCCAGAUAGGCUUGCCUGAACCCGGAAAACAUUUAAUUUACUGCCUUUCUGCAAAGAUGAGCCGUACACCCGAUGCAAGAUCGAGGGACAGCCAGACCAGAAAGAUCCAGGAAAACAUCACCAAUGUGGAGAAACAUUUUGGAGAGAUGUGCCAACUGUUUGCCGCCUAUGUCCGUAAAACAGCCAGACUACGAGACAAGUCAGAUGUCCUGGUUCGGGAAAUCGGCGUGUAUGCAGACACAGAAACGCCACACCUGAAGAGGGGUAUGAAGCAGUUUGCUGACCACCUGGCCAAGAUUCAAGACUACCGCCAAGCUGAGGUGGAAAGACUUGAAGCCAAAGUCAUAGAGCCAUUAAAAAGCUAUGGAGCUGUAGUGAAGCGUAAAAGGGAGGAUCUGAAGGCGACUCAGAGUGCCAGAGACAGAGAAGCCAAACAGAUGGCCCAGCUUGAACGGACCAGACAGAGGAACCCGUCAGACAGGCAGAUUAUUUCUCAGGCUGAAAGUGAGCUCCAGAGAGCAACCAUGGAUGCCACACGGACCACAAGGCAGCUGGAGGAGACCAUAGACGAGUUUGAGAAGCAGAAGAUCCGGGACAUUAAGAAAAUCUUUGGUGAGUUUGUGACAGUGGAGAUGUCGUUCCAUGCCAAGGCCUUGGAGGUGUACACCUUGGCCUACCAGAGCAUUCAAAGUGUGGAUGAGGAGGAGGACCUGGAGGUGUUCAGGAGCUCGCUGCACCCCCCUGACUACCAGUCACGCUUAGACAUAGUGCGAGCUAAUUCCAAAGCCUCCCUCGAUCGGACCGGGUCCUUCCUGAGUACAUCAGGGACCUUACAGCAACAAAGAGCCUCCAGUCGGCAGACAAGAAGAGAUGACGAGGAAGAGGACGACGAAGAGGAUGAAGAUGAAUCGGAGGAGGAGGAAGACGAAGAGGAAGACACAGAUGACGAACAUUGAUUUGUCUCAUUUUGUGUUUGUCGGUAUGGAACAAAAAAAGGAUACCUAAAGGUAUAUUACUGUGUCGUUGCCAAAAUCACCGCACAGGUGGUCUGAGCAGUAUUGUAGUGCAAGUGUGUUGUAGCUGUGUAAGAGAACAUGUUGUCCUUUACUGACGUUUGUCUUUGACAUUCCAGCCAAUUAUUGUCUUACAUAUUUUUUUAUAUAAAAUAUUCCGAAAUGUACAUUACAUAUUGUACUGGAACUACCAUUGCAUUCAAUUGCACCAUGUUAUUCAUCUUUAUGAAUUAAAAAAAGAAAAGUC